ACACAACACAUUUUUAGUUUAUUGAUCGAAAAUCGCUUUCAAGGCAUACAUUAUUAAUUUGUGAGAAUGUUUGCAGUUUAAAGAGUAUGUUACGUGUCGCGCAGUAGUUUAAUUUUGAAUUCCAACGAGAUAAGUAGAGUCGAAUAAAAAUAUAUUUAAAUUUUCUUGAUGGAAGAUGCAGGAAAGGCAAAUUCAACUGAUCACAUUGAAUGAAAUGACACCAAAUGUUAAUAGGAAGCCUGGCAUCGAAUCUAAAUCAGUGAAUUUGGUAACAACUAGAACAAAAACACCACCAGAAAUUGAAGAAAAGUCCGUUGAUUUGAUAUCAGUGACCAGUGAAGAUUAUAAAGAUGAUGACCAAAUUUCGUUUGACGAAAAUCGCCUGCAACAAUGGAAUACAUCCGAAUUCUAUAUGCAAUUAUGGGGUGCAGCAGCUGGAAUAAUUUUGCUUUUCAGCUGUGGUACACUCUCCGCAUGGGCUGUUACAGAUUUCGUUAAGGACGUUCAAGUUCACAAAGCUGCAUGGAUUGAUAUCGACUACAGUUUUGAGUUAUUUGACGAUGAAGAACGUGAAUUUCUUAGUUCACGUCAUGUUAUUAUAGCUAUGGUUGUGUUGAGCUUUAAUAUCGGAUGUAUUAUAGGUGGUAUAUUUGGAGCUUUCAUCACACCAAUCCUACCGAACCGUGCGAUUUACACGCUCGGAUCCGUUUGUAUGUUAUUUACCGGAAUAACUUUAACAAAACACACUUCACCGUUCUAUUGUGCAAAAUCACGUUUGGUUGCUGGAUUAAUUUACGGGCUAAUUCAAUUAACAAUAAUUGUUCAAGCAGCUGAAACCACAACGAAGAAAUGCCGGAGAUGGAUUUUAAUCGUGGUGGCAUACCUCAGUGCAACAUCUAAUUUAAUUUCGACAAUAAUAUUUUAUUAUUAUGAUGAUCGUGUAGAGAUUACAUAUAGCGAACAAAAUCCUGCUCUUUAUAUUGUUUCAUAUGUUUUGAUUGGCUGCUCUGUGAUUGCUUUAAUUGUGAAUUUCAUUUGUACAACUGAUACGGUCCCAUUUUAUUUGAAUCGUGGUGAGGAUACGAAAGCAUUCAAAGAACUUACUCGUUUGAAAGUGAAUCAUUUGUCAAUGCUCGAUAUUCGAUACGAAUACGAACGUAUUCGAUUUGAUGUUGCACAAUGCCAAUUGGAUAUCAAUCGAAAUUUGGCUGCUAAAAAUAAUCACGUUCCUUUACUCUCAAUGUGUUGUGUGCGUAUUUUAAAUCUGCUGUUCACAUCGGUACCGAUGACCUUGGUGUUAAUAUGGGAUCCCAGCAGUACCGAAGAAAGUGAUGAAAAUAACUUCGAAUACAUCACUUCUUUGAAUUCGACUAUUAGUCCAUCGAUCGAUGAAAAUGAAAAUAAAUACAUAUCUCCAUUAGUAACGUUAGCAGUGUUACAAGCAUUUCGUUUACUUUGCAGCAUUGGGGUUAUAUGGAGGCAAGAUAAAUAUCAUUUCAAUCGAUUUAGCUAUAAAAUGGCUGGAUUUACUGGUAUUUUUUUGAUUAUUUGGUUUGUUGCACGUGUAGUUCUUGGUUCGAUCGAAACAAUUCAAAAUGUAUUAUUUUUUCCGGUAUCAAUCGUAAUAAUGAUGGGGUUCAUCGGUCUCCCUCUCCCUUUGGACGUUAUACAGCUAUCUCAAUCAGCAGACUCAUAUGCUCGCAUUAAAAAUAGUUGGGCGUUGGCUUGUGCAAUCUUUAUUGAAAACAUUGUCCAUAUAUUUUUGGUCGUUCAGUUGGAUAUGAUUUUUGGCGUAAUGUUUGUGUUUUUGGUAAAUGGUGUAACGAUGAUUUUUUUCUCUUACUGGCUGCUAAAAAAUAUGCCAAAUGUUGUUGCAAUACAUCCUAUCACUGUCGCAUUUGUAGCUCGUUACCCUUUUAAAAAUGCAUCGAAUGACCAAACGCAUACAAUUUAUAUUUAAUUGUUUGUUUAUUUUUUUCUGAAAGCUGCACAGCCCUUUUUUUAAAUAAAAUUCUAUUAUAUUUCUUUAAAGUAUAACAAUCAAAAUAGUGGCUAAUUUCGUUUCUGGCAGUAAUUUUAAAAAAUAGUGCCCUAAUAUUAUUUCUUUCGAAAGGAAUUAUUAAAAUUAUAAGACUGGUCUAUUUAAUAAAUUUUUGUACCCAUUUGAACGAUUGAUUUGGGUUGGAUAAUAACUAUACCUACCUUUAAUUUAUAUAACACUUUUAAUAAAGAAUUGAAAUUGACAAUUGAAAAGAAAGAAAGAAAUGAAAUCGUAAAAUUGUUUCCUUAUCAGUGAUCACUAUCGUCGUUUUAUUCUCACACGCGGAAGGAAGACACGUUUUCACACUUUAAGGAAGCGUGUGCACUCACGCUAUAGCCAUAGACAUAAAUAUCGGAAGAAAUUGUGCCUAGUUCUUUUGUUAAUUUUAAUCUCACUGACUUGUGAAGAAAA